AUGAAAUUUACGGUGAAGGGCCUUACCCAAUCAAUUAUAGACAAGAAGGACGACUAUAAAGACAAGACUAUUAUCGCAACUUUACCAGCCUUUGAACCCCAUCCACCCCCGCCUACGGAAAGUGGCUACACCUAUUCAAUAGACGAUUCCGAUUACGACAUGUCUCGUUACGCAUAUGAAGAAGGCUCUUUUACCAAGAACAAUCCAUUUAGCUAUAUUGGGGGUAGUGAUGACGACGAUUUCACUCCAGCAGCACAUCGAGUGCCUUCGGCUCGUACUCAUACCCGCCAUAUACGCUCCAAAUCAGCAACAAGGAAACAAUCGAAAGAAAAAAGUCUCCAUAACCGUAGUAGAACUGAUUUUGAGGACGAUGAUAACUUGAGUAAGAUAUCCGCGGAAAUUAACAGUUCUUAUUCACGUCCUAGAACUGCUUACGGUUUCUCCGAGGACGUGAAAAAGAUAUCCGCAGAUGUCAACAGUUCUUAUUCACGUCCUAGAACUGCUUACGAUUUCUUUGAUGAGAUGCAAAAGAAAUACGCAGAUGUCGACAGCUCUUAUUCAUAUUCUAGGACUAAUUAUGAUUACAAUGAUGAGUCAAGGAAGACAUCUGAUGAUUUUCCAUUAAACACCAGAAAGACGGGCAUGGUAAUAACGGAAACGUAUGUUGCUCCCGAAAAGUCAUCUACUCGGCCUACGUACGAUGCGCCCGAAAAGUCAUCCACUCGGCCUACGUACGAUGCGCCCGAAAAGUCAUCCACUCGGCCUACGUACGAUGCGCCCGAAAAGUCAUCCGCUCUGCCUAUGUACGAUGCGCCUGAAACUCGGCCUACGUACGAUGACGAUGAUCGUGAUAAUGAUGAACUGAAACCCGCUGAAAACUAUUAUGAAACAAAUAACACUAAUUAUGAACCCGAAUCUGCAUACAGUUCAACAAAAACUUCAAAAUCCUACGGUCCAUAUCCCUCAUUAGAUCGUUCGGAUGCUUACAACGAAGAGCCACCACCACCAUACACACCAUCACAAACAGAUGCCCCAUUCUCGUAUAGUGGUGGAAACGAUACCAAGAAGGAACGUAGCAAUGGCGACAGCAAGGGUGGACAUCGUCGUCGGAGACAACAACGCAGCACAGCUGAAUUGAGAGAGUGUGCAAUAUGCUGUUCCGAAAAAGAAUUAACGGAAUUUAAACCAAUAACAGAAAAUUGCGCACAUAUGGCUAUCGUAUGUUUGCUUUGCAUUGAAUUACACAUCAGACAUGAGGUGUACGACAAAGGAAAGACAGAAAUUAAAUGUCCUGGCCUUGAUGGAACGAAAACUUGUCAGGAGAUGUUGACUGUCGACCAUAUCAGAGAGUUUGCUACUAACGAUGUAUACAAAAGAUUUGAUCAGCUCACUUGCACUUAUGCUCUUGCUGCGAUACCUGAUUUCUACUGGUGUAAAAACCCUGAUUGCAAAUCAGGACAAAUACAUAGCGAUGGAGAAAUUGCUCCAAUAAUGACAUGUCAGGCUUGUGGCGCUAAAUCUUGCGUAACUCACGAUUUGCCAAUCCCAGCUAAUUCGACCCGCUGUCUACAAUGCGAUCCUAUCCCUCCAGAGGUAAUUGAGACACCAGCUCAACCCACUCUCUCACGCAAAGAGCAGGCAAAACUAAAGAAACAAGAAGAGGAGAGAUUGAGAAAACUUGCUAAAGCCGAGCAGGCAACAAAAACAUUUCUUAGUAACAAGACAAAAUCGUGUCCCAAGUGUGGUACUCGUAUACAAAAGAAUGGCGGAUGUGAUCAUAUGACAUGCACUGUGCCCUCUUGCAAACAUGAAUUCUGUUGGAGGUGUUUUGCUGAUUACAAGACGAUUUUGGAUGGUGGAAAUGAGUUUCAUGCAACCUCGUCUUGGUCAUGUUCGAGUAACGUUGACGUUGUCUGGUAG